UCGGACUGACGCGUCUCCUUGACAACCGACGUCAUACGCUGCUUAAUCUGAUGUGUGAAAAUGGCGGAGGCUGCCGCGCGACACCGCUUCUUCUGUCACUGCUGUAAAGGUGAAAUCGAUCCAAAACUGCCGGAGUUUGUAUGUCCAAGAUGUGAAUCUGACUUCAUUGAAGAGGUGUCAGAGAAUUCCAGUCUUUUACAAAGCACUGAUGGCACGGAUGCAGCAGAUGUAGACAGUGAUGAAAUGAACUCACAGUUUGCAGAGCUGUGCCAGCUGUUGUUCAUGGAACAUUCAGCCCUCCUUUCUGACCCCACGGUCACAGAUGCCCUCCACAGCCGCUCUGGGGUCGAGGCUACAGUUGGUGAUCCUGCUCCUGGGACACUGGGACCUGUAGCCUCCGUGGAGACUUUAAGAGACUGCACUGAGCCGACACAACUCCCGCAAGAAAACAGCCAACAGAGAAACUCUAGACUGGAUCAGGAACAGGCUGUAGAGGGGAUGGUCCAGCAAUUCCUGGCUGGUCUUUUUACCAAUGCUGAAAGCACAGAUUCCCAAACAUCUUCAUGGUCGAGCAUGUUACACUCUAACCCUGGAGAUUAUGCUUGGGGACAAGGUGGUCUAGAUGUGGUCAUUACACAGUUGCUCGGCCAGUCUGAAUGUAGCGGUCCCCCUCCUGCUGAGAAAGAGAUGAUCUCAUCUCUUCCCACCAUUAGCAUCUCCACAGAACAGGCUGCAUGCCGAUUGGAAUGCCCUGUGUGUAGAGAGGCAUAUUCUGCAGGGGAAUCUGUCCUGCAGCUGCCCUGUCUGCACUGCUAUCACACCAACUGCAUUGUGCCUUGGCUACAACUGCAUGACACCUGUCCUGUCUGUCGCAAAAGUCUGGAUGGUGAAGACCGCGGUUUCCAGCCCACAUCUGCACCUCCAGGUCCAGUUCCCUCAUCACCGAACACAGAGGAACAAAGCACCUUUGAAACUCUUUAGCAGCUGUUAUUCUGAUCAAUCCAGGAUAAAAAGAAGCACAAACAGUCAAGCCAUGUGCACUAUUGCUUCCCGGAGCCCCCAAAGACCUACCUAUGAUGUGCUGCUUUUUUGAAAGACAUUUUAACGGAGACAAUAUCAAUAUCUGAAUCAAUAUCUCUCCGACCAUAUCUCCCUCUGUGUAUGUUAAUUAUAUCUGUAAAGUAAACUGUCCUACAUUUAGUUGCUUUCAAAUCUCUCCAAGAAUGUUUAUGGUCAAACAUUAACACAUUUUAUGCAAUCCCAACAUUAAUUCAUUCAAAUUGUAGUUGGAACAAACACAGGCACACACACUUUCAACAGAGCGUUCAAUGUUUUAAUACCCCCCAAAAAUGUGAGAUAUUUACUUUUCCUUACCUGUAAAUGUGGCAUCUGCCAUGCACAUGUCUUGGGCCUUUUGAAGGUAUCAUAUAAAUGUUUGAACAUAUACAGAUGAGCUUCUUUAUGAAACAUAUGCAACAUUGGCACCACUUUUUUGAUCGUGGGCAGUGCCUUCCUGAGAUUGUGUAAUGUCUCUAAUGUUUUGUUGAAUGUGGAUUGUUUGUUAUUGAUGCUAUUUAAGAAGGGAUCCAAGACGGGAAAUUCCUGUGGAGAUUUAAAUACUUUAUUAACCUGUUUGGAAGCUGACACUGUGUAGAUGUUUCACAGCUAUAUUUUGAUGCCCCUUUGGGUGCUUUAUGCUCAGGGUUUCCAGUCCUAAAUCAGUUACAAGACUGUUCAACUCAUGACAAGCCUUUUGUAUAAUAUGUGUGGCAUUUUAAACACAACCCGUUUUAUGAGGGAUUUGUGAAAAUUAAAUGUUUACAAGAAUAAAUAAAUAUUCACAAUAAAGGCAAUUAAUAAUAAAUAUAUAUUAUGUAAUGCACUUUGGAAAAAAUACAUUAAUAAAACAAUUUUA